AUGGCCCUCGCCCCCACCUUCAACAGCUCGCCCCGCAUCGAGGUCACGGAGCACAAUCACGAUGAAAUCACUUUUGUCCUCAAAAGCUGCGACCUGGCGCUAGCCAACUCUUUUCGCCGAGUCAUGAUUGCUGAGGUUCCCACCAUGGCUAUUGAUGCCGUGCACAUUGCCAAAAACACCUCCGUUCUGCAUGACGAGUUUCUUGCACAUCGACUCGGUCUCAUCCCCUUGACUUCAGAAGCCGCCGACAAAUUUUACUACCCCCGCGAUUGCACGCUCUGCGAGAUGGGAUGUGAUCAUUGCCAAGUCAUGCUCACGCUCGACGUUGAAGGCCACACUGAAGAGCCGACUCAUGUGACAACCGAUGACCUCAUUUCACAAGCGGCCGGUGACUUUAUGGCGGUCAAGCCGAUUUCCGCGCGAGAGGAGAGCAACAUCCGCAACCCAAUUGUGAUUUGCAAAUUGGCCAAGGGUCAGCGCAUUCAACUAACCGCCUUUGCGAAAAAGGGCUUUGGCAAGGAACAUGCAAAGUGGUGCCCAACGGCGGGCAUUGCUUUUGAAUACGAUCCAGAUAAUGCACUGCGCCACACGUUUUUUGAGGUGCCAAGCAUGUGGCCCAAGAGCGAGUUUUCCACACUGCCCGAGGGGGAACACGAGGCCGAGUACGACUACAAGGGCAAGCCAAGCACCUACUUCAUGACAGUCGAGAGCACGGGUGCCCUGCCUGCCCCGCUUAUUCUCUUUUCUGCCCUCGAGUCCCUGCACGAAAAGCUGAGCAACCUUGUGCGCGUCCUGGAUCGUAUGGAUCGCCAAGAGAGUCAAGCUUACUAAAUGCCCAAACACACGAACACGCUCGUUAGCGGAGCCAUGCGAACCGUGAUCACGGCUUGAUGACGAUGCAUCGUGAUCAGAGCAUGCUCUCAGGACAAUGGCUUUCAAUGUGUUUGUUCGUCCUCUUUCGUGUUUCUUUCCCCCCUCCCAGAUUUCUGAUGGCCAAGACACUUUGUUCACCUGCUGCAAACGAACU